GUGGAAGACUAUCCAGCGCUAUUUUCUCUGUCGUAAUUGUCUAGGCGCCCAUGGUAGACGGCCAUGUAAGUCGAAAGCGAGGUGCGAUACGGCCGGUUGUCAAAUGAGACACCACCCCCUUUUGCACUCUAAUGUAGCGGUAAGAGCGACAGAAACAAAUUCAUCUGCCGCAAGUGCCGUAACUAAUCUCCACCUUUCUGACCGGACGACGCUAUUCAAAAUCAUUCCAGUGACGGUGCAUAAUGGAAGUCGUUCACUCACGGUGCACGCGUUUCUGGAUGAUGGCUCAUCAAUGACAUUGGUUAACAGAACCGUUGCUGAAGCUCUCGGGGUAGACGGUGAAGCCGUUCCGUUAUGUCUUCAAUGGACAGCAAACGUAACUCGAUCUGAAAAGGAUUCAAAAAGAGUUUCGUUUGAAAUAUCGGGGGUAAACUCUAAACAACGAUACGUGUUAUCGGACGUAAGAACAGUAAAUGACCUGAGCCUUCCGAGGCAGUCUUUAAAAUACGUCGAUUUAGUUUGUCGAUAUCCUCAUUUGAGUGGGUUACCCGUUCAAGAUUACCAUCAAAUAGUGCCACAGAUUCUGAUUGGCAAUAAUCAUUCCUAUUUGAGUGCUAACUUGAAAAUACGUGAAGGGGGUCCCCACGAUCCGAUCGCAGCCAAGACUAGAUUAGGAUGGUCAGUGUACGGUGUAGUAAAACCAGGAGUCAUUAGGAACGUACAUAACCUCCAUAUUUGUGAAUGCACCGGUGAAUCUCUUCACGAUCUAGUUAAACAACACUUCUCGUUGGAAAAUCUAGGUGUAGCAAUUCUAGAGACCCCAAUGUCAAUCGAUGAUCAUAGGGCUCGUCAAAUUUUACAACGUACCACCAAGAGAAUCGGCAACCGUUUUGAGACGGGUCUUCUUUGGCGAUAUGACGACUUUGAAUUUCCGGACAGCUAUUCUAUGGCAGUGAGACGAAUGGAGUGCCUAGAGCGAAGAAUGGCAGCGGACUCAAUAUUCGCGGACGGUGUAAGAAAGCAAAUAAAUCAGUACAUAGAAAAGGGAUAUAUUCGUAUCCCGACGCAGCAGGAACUUCUUGAUGCUGAUCCACGGCGUACAUGGUUCCUGCCACUAGGAGUCGCAUUGCACCCGAAGAAACCAAACAAAGUUAGGAUAUUCUGUGAUGCGGCAGCCAAGGUGGACGGCAUUUCGCUUAAUAGUAUGCUGAUGAAGGGACCGGAUCUAUUGACCGCUCUACCGACGGUGCUCUACGGUUUUCGUCAAAGAAAAAUAGCCUUUUCGGCUGAUAUUCAAGAGAUGUUCCAUCAGAUACUUAUUCGGAGGGAAGACCGGAACGCUCAGAGAGUACUAUGGAGGGAUAAUCCUAUACAGAAGCCUACUAUAUACGUCAUGGACGUGGCGACGUUCGGAGCUUCAUGUUCACCGUGUUCCGCUCACUUCAUAAAGAACCUGAACGCAUCUCAGUACUCUAAAGAAUACCCGUUGGCCGCGGAUGCCAUCAUCCGGAAACACUACGUCGACGACUAUCUCGAUAGCGUCGAUAGUGUCGAAGAAGCAGUUGUUCGAGCACAAGAAGUACGAUUCAUACACUCCCGCGGAGGGUUUCAUAUUCGCCACUGGCUGUCCAAUUCGGAUGAGUUUCUACAGACGAUCGGUGAGAGUAGUCCGAAUAAUGAGAAAACAUUGGAUUUUGGAACUACCAAAUCAAUGGAACGAGUUCUUGGCAUCCUUUGGCGGCCUGAAGCAGAUGUUUUUACCUACCAUUCUACAUCCAUCGUCGUGGAAAGUCGUCCUACCAAAAGGCAGGUGUUGCGUACUGUUAUGAGUUUGUUCGACCCGCUCGGUUUUCUUUCCUUCUUCCUGAUUCACGGCAAAAUCCUAAUCCAGGAUAUAUGGCGCGCUAAAACAGACUGGGACGAGGUUAUACCAGAGAACUUGCGAGAGAGAUGGCUGAAAUGGACAAAUUAUUUCGCAAUGGUAGAUCAGAUCGAAAUUCCUCGGUGUUAUUUCCCUCAGCGCGCAUGCAACGAUUUUAAAUCACUGCAGCUGCACGUUUUUGCAGAUGCAAGCGAGGGGGCGUUUGCCUGUGUGGUAUAUCUAAGGGCUGAGUUCGAAAACGAAAUAAAAUGCGCAUUAGUGACCGCCAAAGCUAAGGUGGCACCACUCAAGGCUCAAAGUAUUCCCAGGCUAGAAUUGCAAGCAGCCACAAUUGGUGUUCGACUUCAGGAGAUGAUUAUUUCUGCACACGAGCUACCUAUUACGAAAAAGAUGUUCUGGACCGACUCUCGGACGGUCCUGUCAUGGAUUAACUCGGAUCACCGAAACUAUCGUCAGUUCGUGGCCGUACGGGUCGGGGAAAUCCUUACCCAGACCAAUACUUCCGAAUGGAGAUGGGUGCCAUCAAAAUCGAAUCCCGCUGACGCCGCAACAAAGUGGGGAAAAGGACCAUGCAUGGCCACGGAGAGUCCAUGGUUCAGAGGUCCCGAUUUUCUUUAUCUGCCCGAGAAUCAAUGGCCUGAAGAGAUUGCGAUGGGUUCUGGAGUAUCAGAAGAACUGCGCAUUUGUCUGCUUCACAACGAAAAUGCAACUCAAACGUUGAUAGACUGGAACCGUUUUUCUCAGUGGAACCGUCUCCAGCGAGCGAUGGCUUACGCGAUUCGGUACAUACAUAAUUUGCGCCAUAGUACGAAGCAAGAAGCGAGAAUAUCGGGGCCUCUCCGACAAGAAGAGCUAGAAAAGGCUGAAUCGUCUAUUUGGAGAGCGAUACAGCUCGAAGCGUAUCCAGAUGAAAUAUUAAUUCUUGCUCAACACCGAGAACAUCCUCUGGAGAAAAGCGAAUUGAAACUGGCACGUGACAGUAAACUUCGAUUAUUGUCACCUGUGAUGGACACGCGAGGUGUGUUGCGGCUUGAAGGAAGAACCGCUUUAGCGGACUAUCUUUCCUACGAGACCAAGAAUCCUAUUAUUCUACCCGCGAAUCACUCUGUCGUCAAACUUCUUAUCAAUUGGUACCACAGGAAAUAUUUGCAUGGUAAUAGCGAAACAGUUUUGAACGAGAUAAAACAACGGUUUCACAUUUCCCAUCUUCGAGCAGCAGUAAGACGGCAAGUAAAAGCCUGUGUGCUCUGUCGGAUAAAAGGAGCACGACCAGCAGUUCCUCGUAUGGCACCGUUGCCAAAGGCGAGAUUAAGAUCUUUUGAACGUCCCUUUUCCUAUGUGGGUGUCGAUUAUUUUGGGCCGAUACUAGUAAAACUGGGGAGAAGCUGCGUGAAACGGUGGGUAGCCGUAUUUACAUGCCUUACAAUACGGGCCAUCCACUUAGAAGUGGUGCAUACGUUGAGUACAGAAUCGUGCAAGCUAGCAUUCCGUCGAUUCAUAGCGCGACGAGGCUCGCCGUUAGAAAUCUACAGCGACAACGGCACUAAUUUCGUGGGAGCCAGCAACGACUUACGAAGGGAGUUGGAUAUCGACCAGCAGCAACUGGCCGAGACAUUUACCAACACCAUCACCAAAUGGUUCUUCAAUCCGCCUAGUGCUCCCCACAUGGGAGGCUCCUGGGAGCGUAUGGUGAGGUCAGUUAAAACUGCACUUGCUGCAAUGUCAUUCGCUAAACAUCCCGACGAUGAAACUUUCGUCACGGUUAUCUCAGAAGCAGAGAGUAUAAUUAAUUCCCGUCCUCUAACCUUCAUUCCAUUGGAAAGUCCGGAACAGGAAGCUUUGACCCCAAACCAUUUCCUUUUGCUGAGUUCGAGUGGAGUCGCACAGCCGCUAAAAACAUUUGGGGAACAAAGAUUGGCCCUGCGUAGUAAUUGGAAUUUAUGUCGUUCGAUGGUUGAUCAAUUUUGGCGUAGGUGGGUGCGCGAGUACUUGCCGACAAUAACUCGACGCACGAAGUGGUUCGCGGACGUGGAAUCCAUAAAACCGAAUGACUUGGUCAUUGUGGUUGAUGAGUCGAUCAGAAAUGGAUGGAAAAGAGGGCGAGUUCUCGAAGUGAUUGAAGGUGCAGACGGCCGUGCAAGGCGGGCCGUAGUGCAAACUGACGGCGGAAUCAUGCGGCGACCGGUUGCCAAGCUGGCGCGAUUAGAUCUGGAGAGGUGCAAAUCUGGAACCAAUGUGAAACAACAGAUUUACGGGUCGGGGAAUGUUACGGAAUCACGCACCGCUUCCUCGGCCGUUCUCUCGACUGGACUGGCAACAGUGAAUUAACAAGAAGACUAUCAUUUAGUAUGGCGAAUAAAGGAAGUGAGACCACGGUUCGAACAACGUGCGGUUAAAUUAUAAUUUUUUCUCAACGUUAUUUUGGAUUUGUACAAUUUAGGACAGUCUCUGAUUCGGAGGACGAAUUGUUGCCGUUUUCUUGAGACAUAAGUGAGGUUACGAAAUGUAAGAUAAAAUGAAAUCGAAUUUGUUAAAUAAUUGAACUAAUAACAAUUGUAGCUUUUAGCUGCUCCAAUCAUCGUUGCGUGUGCGGUCUGCUUGAAAGAUCCGAAAACCCUUUGUCGUAAACCACAACAACAAUUUCUGACAAGAUAAAAUUCAUUAUUUUUUUAUUCAUCAAAAUGAUCACGGAUUUCCUUCCGUGAAUGAUUGAGAUUAGAAAGAGCGCUGACAUAUGGACUAAAGGUAGGACGGCUGGUGCUAAGAUUAGUUCCUGGAGUGUUACUAAGAACAACUGAAUAAAUAAUACAUUAUUGAACAAGGCAGUCAAGAACUGGGGCUGGGACUAAAACCGAAACUGGAACAUGGAUGAGGUUGCAACGAGGAUUGUGACCGGAAUUA